UGUGGUUGGCGAGCAUAAGGAAUGGUUGAGACUCGAAAUGGAGCUGGAUGUAGUACAGGCAAAUGAAUUAGUGGAAGAACUUCCAAAUAGAAUUGUGGAAAGCAUCUUACAUGAACUAAGUAAGGAUAAUGCGUGGCAGAAAGUGGCAAAUAAACUGAAGGAAGGAGGUGAAAAUAUAAUGAGUACCAAAUAUAAGAUGAAUAACUUCUCCCCUGAAAGAGAGCUCCUCACUAAUCUCAUGAACAAAUAUCCUUUGAAAGUGAAAACGCUUCAGAUUAUCCUGGAACAAUGUCAGAUAUAUGGUGCUUUAAGAAUUAUAAAUACUAAUGAUCCAGCAGAAAUCCUGGAACCAAAAGAAGACAAACUCUACCUUGUGCCUUUAGGUGGGAAUUUGACAUUGCAUGUGAAAGUAAAUGGGUCUCCCUUUCCUGAAAUUCAGUGGUGCUUUAAUGGCAACCCUUUGAUAGGGAAGACUUUCCCUCUACUGAUGCUGGAAAAUAUCAGCCUGAGAGAUGUAGGAGAAUAUACCUGCAAGAUCAAGCAGGGCCUGAGAGCAGAACUGACUUCAGCUAAGUGCAUCGUGAAACUGGAGGACACACCUCCCAGAAUUUCCACGGACCUCAAUGAUGUACAUAUAAAAACAAGUGAAGAUUUGACUUUGUCCUUUGAGGCAAUUGGAUAUCCUGAACCCAAGACCUUCAGAUGGUUUAAAAAUGGAAACAACUUUAGAGUAACAGAGUAUCCACAACUAAUAAUAAGAGGUGCAGAUGUCAAUAAUGCUGGUGAAUACCGCUGUGAGGCUUCCAAUCCACUGGGAAGCUGCACCACAAGGACAGCUGUUGUGAAGGUUCAGGACUCCAUCAUGAUGUGUUCAGAAGAAAUUCAAAUAAUUCAGCAGCCGACAGCAAGUGAAGUGUAUUAUGCUGGUGACUGGAUGUACCUCACCUGUAAAGUUCAUUAUUGUAAAGAUGUGAAGUUUGUUUGUUUCCUUAAUAAUAAAGUACUUACAGGAAACGAUGAUGUUGUUCUCACCACAUCAUCUUCAGGAAAUCAGCACUCUUGUAUACUAAUAUAUCAUAUGACUGAAGAACAAGUGGAGAAAGAAAAUGUCAAACAGUUAUGUUUCAAAUUUGGAAUUAAUGGUCAGGUGAUGUCUGAUGAUGUCAGAGUGGAAGUGAAGACAAGAACUAUUAAGAAAACUCUAACAGCAAGAAACAAAUGGGCAUUACUGAUUGGAAAUUCUCGCUAUCAAGAACUGGAUGAACUUCCUGCUUCAAGAAAGGAUAUCCAUAUGCUGAAGAAGAACUUCAAGAAAUUAGGAUUUAGAGUGUUUAUGUUCAAUGAUUUAAAAAGGUCUGGAAUCCAGAAUGCUGUAAAGAAAUUUGUAUCAUUCGUACAAGAAGGAGACUAUGUUUCAUUCUAUUAUGCUGGACAUGGUGUCCAUAACAAUGGGCAAGACUACAUUAUUCCUGUGGAUGCUGGAAUGAAACAUAUAUCAAGACCACAAAAUGUUUGUCUUCCGGAGCAGUACAUACCUUUUGAUGAGUGCAUAUCCCAUGUGUGGAUAGCAAAUGUCCUGCAGAAACAUGAACCAGCUCUCAUAUUUUCAAUAUAUGAUAGUUGCCGGAGGAUGAAGCAAAAGUUUGAAAAAUAUCAAUCAAAUUCAUCAGAAGAUAGUUACCAGAUUGCAUCCAAAAAUUCCUUCACCUUAUUUGCUACAUCAGAGAAUUAUGAAGCUUUUGAAAGAGAAGAGGUGGAUACUUCGUGUCUUAUUGACACAUUGCUAAGCAUCAUGACUCACAAGAUAUCAGUUCAGAAACUUUCAAACAAAGUAUUGGAGAGAUUUGAUUCCCUGGGAGAAACAAAAGGUAAACAAGUGCCCAAAGUCUGUGGUGACUUGGCACAGUCUCGGUCACUAGCCGACCCUUCUCACCCACGAGGAAUUGAUGAAUCAGAAUGUGGUGUUCUUAAGAAGUGGGAACAGUUUGCAAGUGGUAGAGGGAGAAUACAACACAUUAUUUCAUUGGGAGAUACAAAAAUAGAGGAGAGUAUUUAUUGGAAUAUUGAACCAUGUGAAGAUGGGGUUACGUGGAUCAUCACCAAUUCUUUGCCAUUGACCAUAAACUUAUCCCAUACAUCCUCUAACAUGCAGGAAAUAAAUGUCCACAUAAAAUUGAACACUGAACUAAAGUUAUUGCAGGACUCUCGGAAGCUAAAUGGUAGUCUGACUGUGCAGUUCUUAGUUCAUGAUCUUCAAGAGUUGAAGGAUCACAUACAACUAGAACUUUACUUCACCUAUAAAGGACAGCAGUAUAAGCAAGAAAUGCUUGUGGAAACUCCAGCAAUCUCUCAACAGUUCUAUAGAGGCAAUCAAAUAGACUAAAUCUUACAAGCAUGUACUCAAAAUAGAAGGAAAAGUGUAAGGAUCUCCAGAGGGUAUAUAAUGAAAGGUAAAAUGGUGAUUAUCAAGGCAAAUGUACUAAAACUAUGAAAAGCAAUAAUUUUACAUUAUAAAGAAUAUCAUCACUUGUGUGAUGAGAAAAUACGAACAGAACUAAUGUUUCAAGAUGGACAAGAUGUCAUUUGAAUUUCUAUUCAAACAAAUUUGUAAGAGUACCUACUUAAUACACUUUUCUUUUUUGACAAACACUGUAUUUUCAUUCCAAAUUGAAUUUAUAAAUCAGUACUAUUACUACAAUU